ACCAAUGGCAACCAGGGGGUUUACCCUGCGCCUGCGCUCUGCAGAUAUGAUAAUUUUGUUGAUAUUCAGCUGGAGUUCAAUAUUUUGGGUUUUAGUUUGAUUUUCUGUUCUAUUUCUCCUUCUCGGGAAUUUUACAACUGCACACACAAAACAAAACGGCAUUGCAUGAGGGGCUGAUGGAAAACGCCAGGGAUUUGACUGAACACACUCCUCGGUCAGACAGGAAGAGGCGGGACUCCUUCGGGAUGUAUGAUGGGUAUGACAGCUGCAGUGAGGACACCAGCAGCAGCUCUAGCUCGGAGGAGAGCGAGGAGGAGGUCGCCUCCAUACCUGCCAACCUACCCAUCAUCAAGAACAAUGGGCAGGUGUACACCUACCCAGAUGGCAAAGCUGGCAUGGCUACCUGUGAGAUGUGUGGAAUGGUGGGAGUCAGAGAUGCCUUUUAUUCCAAAACCAAGCGAUUCUGCAGCGUCUCUUGUUCCAGAAGUUAUUCCUCUAACUCAAAGAAGGCCAGCAUUCUGGCUAGGCUCCAGGGUAAACCACCUACAAAAAAGGCAAAAGUCUUACAAAAACAACCUCUAAUGGCCAAGUUAGCAGCAUAUGCCCAGUACCAGGCAAACCAACAAAACCAAGCUAAAUCAAAAACAGUGGUUCCUGUGGAGGGGUUUGAUUGGGGUCGUUACAUCAGCAGCAAUAACUCUGUUGCGGCACCUGUUAGCUGCUUUAAGCACUUUUCCUGUUUUAAAUUUGUAAACCAGGUACCAAUGGGAAGGUCCUGGGGUGACAUCUCGGAAGGAGUAAGAGUAGAAGUUCCUAACACAGAUAGCAAUCUGCCAGGAAAGGUCUACUGGAUCGCGGGAAUCGUCAAAUUAGCAGGCUUCAAGGCACUGCUGCGGUACGAGGGCUUUGACAACGACUCCAGCCGAGACUUCUGGUGUAACCUCUGUGUUCCCGAUGUGCACCCAGUGGGUUGGUGUGCUACCAGUGGCAAGCCCCUCGUACCUCCCAAAUCUAUCCAGCAUAAAUGCACCAACUGGAAAGCAUUUCUUGUAAAGAGGCUCACUGGUGCUAAAACGCUUCCCCCGGACUUCUCUGCAAAGGUCCAGGAGAGCAUGCAGUACCCCUUCAAGAAGCUGAUGCGCGUGGAAGUGGUGGAUAAGACGCACCUGUGUCGGACGCGGGUGGCGAUCGUGGACUCCGUGAUCGGCGGCCGGCUGCGGCUGGUGUACGAGGAGAGCGAGGAUGGCACGGACGAUUUCUGGUGCCACAUGUACAGCCCCCUCAUUCACUGCAUCGGCUGGUCUCGAAGCAUCGGUCACCGCUUCAAGCGAUCAGAUAUUGCAAAGAAAAUAGAAGGUGUGGCUGACGCCGCGGCACACUUGUUUAUGAAGGUGAAAGAUGUUGACCAGAGUGGGGAAUGGUUCAAAGAUGGGAUGAAGCUGGAAGCGAUUGACCCUUUAAAUCUUUCUGCAAUAUGUGUAGCUACUGUAAGGAAGGUCUUGGCAGACGGUUACCUCAUGAUAGGAAUUGAUGGCUCGGAGGCUGCGGACGGCUCAGACUGGUUCUGCUAUCAUUCCACCUCCCCUUCCAUAUUCCCUGCUGGUUUCUGUGAAAUCAACACCAUCGAGCUCACGCCACCCAGAGGCUACACCAAACUCCCAUUCAAAUGGUUUGACUACCUCAGGGAAACAGGUUCCAUAGCAGCUCCAGUCAAGCUGUUUAAUAAGGAGGUUCCUAACCACGGCUUUCGAACGGGGAUGAAGCUGGAGGCCGUGGACCUCAUGGAGCCCCGGCUGGUGUGCGUCGCCACGGUGACCCGCAUCGUUCACCGGCUUUUGCGGAUCCAUUUCGACGGCUGGGAGGACGAGUACGAUCAGUGGGUGGACUGCGAGUCUCCGGAUCUCUACCCUGUGGGGUGGUGCCAGCUGACUGGAUACCAGCUACAGCCUCCGGCAGCACAGACCUCCCGAGAAAUUCCCACGAGUGUGACGAAACAGAAGAAGAAGUCCCAGCAGUACAAAGGCCAAAAGAAAAAGAGGAAGAUGCCGCUUGUGAAGAAGCCUGUCAGUUUGUCGAGUCUGCCCAUGACAGGCAUGGUGCGGAGGAGCUUAUCUGGUGACGAAGAGCUGACUCCCCCCCCAUACCGACCCCAUCCUGCACAAGCACCCCAGGGGGCCCUGCAGCCUCCCAGCACUAGCCGAGAGCUCAGCCCCGGCCUCAGAACAGUGGUCUCAAUGCAGCUGAAGGAAGAAAACCUGGAAGGGGAUGAGUUCACGUUUUCGCAAGGAGUCUCUGACCAGGAAAGCAACGGUUCUGGCAGCUACUACAUCAAACAGGAACCGUAAGACAGCCAAGAGACUUUUGAUGAAACAAAAGCCUUAAUUCUGCCUGUCUUGGCCCACAUGUGGGUUUCAGCAGUGGGCUGAUGUGUAGCGAUACUGACUGCAGAAGAGAUUUAACGGGGGAUCUUAAAUAGAGGGUUUGUAAGGAUUUCCAAACAAAACUUAGAAAAAAAAUGAGAGAAAUUAUUUUGUGUGAUUUUUUUAAACAAUUUGCCAGAUGGACUUUAACGUUCAUUGUACUUGAAGUUUUCAAAGAUGUUUUGUAAGAUUUUCAAAGUUCAGAACUGUUGUGUAUCUUUUGCAAAUAGUUUCUUUCCUUUGUCAUUUUUUGUAACUUUUUUGGGUGUUUAGUGAAAACUUUAAGUUUAAGGGGAGGCAGAUAUAGGUUUGUUGAGAAAAGACGGCAUGUGAGUUCAGAAUAUAUUAUCUAAAUCAUAAACCUUACUGGUAUUAACAGACACUUGGAUUUAAAACAGAAACACUGUCUAACAGAUUCCAAGGCAGGAAUGUAAAACUCCUUAGGUGCAGCAUCAUCUCAUUUGCCAAGUUUUCUUGUGGUUUUCUUUAUCUUUCACGGAAAAAGUACACUGAAGGCUACAAAACAUAUAGAGAAAUGAAUCGGGCUUAAUUUUCUGAUUUAGAAAGCUCUGUAAGAAAUGUGAUGCACACUACAGGUAACUGUGUAAAUGAAGAUAUGCAAGCUAAGUUUUUAUGUUGCUUUUUAUGAAGAGAUAUAUUAAACCUAUCUGGAAUUAUCUUUUCAGAGCCAUAUUGCUACAUUUAAUAGAUGGGUACCAUAUUUAACUGAGCCUAUUAAACAUUCAGAUUUAAAGAGAUUAACAGCUGAUAAGAACAUUUAUUUUUACUUUUUUAAUCAGCAGAACAUUGAAACUAUUUGGCCUGUUUUUUGUAUUCCUCAUACAAUACAUUCUCUAUCAAAAUAGACUUGAACAAACAUGUUUGUGCUACCUCUUUAAAAUGUAAUUUGCAAUCUUCAUUCUUUUGUGAAGUAUAGAAACCUCCACAAAAUUAUUCAAAAAAGCAAAAGAGAUUCUAACUCACAAGUUUAUAUUGUCGUAUCUGGCAAAUUAUGUAUCAAUAUUCUUAUUUUAUAAGGCCUCCAAAAGUUGUGGAAAUAAAUAAUGGUUUUUAGUCCUUCCACAUUCAAUAUUACAUAUAGACCUCCAAAUUGCAGUUGGCAUGUGUAUAUUAAUCUCUCGAGACUCCUGUCUAUAUAUACAAGAGUAACCAUCUGACAGUCGAUGUUCAACAUGAGUUUUAUUAUAUUAAGGUGGACUAGUUUACCCAAGCCUUCACACUCUACACGUGCAAAUCCUGUAGAAACCUAGUGUGUUCAAUGUCACAGACACAAGUUUUGGCAGUCUCCAUCUCCAGCAAUGUUAGACUCAUCAUUAGGAAGUGCAAUAAACACUAUUUGCUAAGCUUACAUAUUGGGACAUGUUACUAUCCUGAUCCCUAGACUAAUUUUUUCUUCUUUAAGCGAAUCUGGCUGCCUCGUUCUUAAAGAUCAUUUAAAGAUCCUAUGGCACUCCUCAUAAGAGUAAGGAUGUUAACUCUGGUAAUGUGUGUAAAUCUUAACCUGUGUUGGGCCCAAUCUGGCCUAUCUAAAUUUCUCCUUUCAUUCCAUUGGUUAAGUGAUUUUACAUUUCAGUUGAUGUGCUGUGUAGCAGGGCUUUUAGUGAAUAAUGACUGCCUGGAAUCAGGUCCCAAGAUAAAUGAAAAGAGCUUUAGGGUCCUUGGGGUGUGGUCCCAGCAAACCAUCUCCCCUUGAAUUAUGGGAAUGAAUGUUAACUCUCCCCAAUACACAAUGCAUGGAGGCAGAAAUUUAAAAAAAAUAAUUCUGCUGUUGUGUAUCUAAUUUUAAGGUUCAAAUUCACUGAAUAUUUCCCAUUGUAGGUCAUAAGGAGUUCUAAUACUUUUGUCUGUGACUAUUUGUACAUGUAUUUUAUAUAAACACAACCAAGAUAUCGUAACAUGUAUGAACCACUUACAUUGAGACUGACUGUGCAAUAAACAUUUGCUGUUGCAAACUGGCUUUUUCCGUACAUAGAAAAUAUGAGAAUUACAAUUGUUACACAAAAAGAUUAAAUUUCCUAUAAUAUCGUUUUAAAUGUAUAAAAGUUACAUGAGGUUCAGUACUCAUCACAGGAGUAUUAAAUAUUCCUGCACUCUUCGUCUUGCUUCAUAUACCAGUAAGGUUGACAGGCUAAAUUCUCAGGAAAUAUUUGCAUCGUGUUCUAUUGGUGUGCUGGGGGCCGGAUGGGGUUGGUUAUAGCCUGUGGCUUUCUGAGUCGUCAGUAUUUAGAAUAUGCACAGACCAUUUGGAGCAAAGGGUACAAAGGAACCUUUUUCAUUUUUCUGUUUGGUCCCGUCUCUGUGUACUCAGAAGUAUUAAUAAAAUCUCUAGUGCCGAACAUUUAUAAAUUCAGUUGGCGUAUUCAGACAAUUGGAGUGUGGGGAAAAAAAUGCAUACUGCGCAGAAGUGAAAUGGAUGAAAUGUAUUUCAAGUACACAAGGACCUUAAGGAAGGUGUAGUGAUGGACAACGACGGUUCAUGUCGAGAGAGAGAGAGCAGUGACACCACUGACAUCUACCAGGGGUUGCAUGAACAGCAGUCUUGUCGUACCAACACGAUGUCGCUUGUCCAGAGAAACUUGUUCUUCAUGGUCCUCUUUGUACAUGAACCACAUUUACUGUUCCUCUGCACAGUUUUCACGAGAUAACAGGCUGACAAAGUAUGUCUUAUAAGCACCCUCUUAUUAAAACAAGUAUUGCUUCUGAAAAAAAUAAAAUAAUGUCUUUCCUACAGUGGCACACCACGGCUUGUUCUGACAAAAUUUAGAAUAUAUUUUAAACAAUUGAAAACUGCAGAUUCUUGGCCAAGAAAAAAAGGUUCCUUUGAAUUUGUAUGAGAAUGUCUUUUUUUUUCUGUGCGAUAUGGUUGAAUGCUUUUGAAGGAUUCUUAUAUAUAAAUAUAUAUAGUAUAUAUUACAAAACAAAAAUGAGUACUGCACACAAGAAGAGUUACAGGAUUUUGUAAGCCAGCAAUGUGUUUAUUCCUUUUAGUUGUCUGAAGGGGUGGUGGGGCACAGUCCCCUAAUUUGGUUUAGUGGUUCUACUGUUUGUUUUUUUGCAAUGGAGGGGUGAGGGGUAUUCUAUACAUUGUUUUGAUGUUCAAUAUGUAGGGGAUAUAUGGACACAUAGUACAAGUGAAAUUAAAAUAUGCAUUUAAUGUUUUCGCUUGCAUUAAGUGAAGAACAGUUCGGUCAUAUUCCAUUUUCAGCAGAGCAAUAAAGAGUUUAUAAUAUUCUACCAAAUACGAUUUUUUCAGCAAAAAAUUAUGCGUAGUUACAUAGCCUUUAUUUAGAUCAAUCUAACUUCUGUUUGGGUACCCAAGAUGUAUCACAAACAACAAAGGUGUGCUUGUGAUUGACCAGUCAUGCUGUAUCCUUCCCAGACAUUCUCUGUCAGUGUAUUGUAUUGCUAAAUAAAAAAAAUUAAAUUGGUUAAACUUAAAAUUUAAACAGUACAAUAUCACUAUAACAGGGAGACCUACAUGAAAGAUCCAGCUUUAAAUAACUAAUUAAAAUGUAUAAUUAUAUUAAAUGUACUAUAUCUCAGAAAAAAACAAGAGUUAUCUUUAAGUGUAUGUUAAUGUUGGUGGGACAAUUUAGUUUUAAAUCAAAUUGAGCUGCUAGCUAACUAUUGAUGUCAUUUUAACAUAAAAAUGAGAGAAGCACACCAAACUUUCACAUCUGGCUAAGGCAUUUCUAAAGCAAACCUUUGCUGUUAAACCUCAUAGCAUUUUUUUGGAAAUUGCAAACUAAAUGGAUAUAUAUAUAUAGAUGCACACUGGUAUAUUUCCUGAACCAAACAAUGUAAAUUAUGGAGACUGAUAAGAUGAAGCCCAUUAUUCUGAACUGAAAACUUUACUUAGGUGGCAAGGGUCUUUAGUUAUGUGCAACUUCUGUUUAUUGGAUACUAACACGGGUCUCUCUCUUUCUCUGAUGUGAAUCCCCUCUUUUCCUCAGUCUUUGUAUUAUGGUGCUAUAUAUUUGAUAUACUGAUAAUCCUUUGUAACUGGGGAAUGAUUUUCAGAAACUGUGACUAUAGGGGAAAAUUAAGUUCUCUUCCGUACUCUUGUAUUUUGGAUACAAAUUUAAAACAAAGAUCCUUUGUAGAAAAUAAAUAAAAAAAUAUUAAUAACUAUAAUUUUUGGACCUCGUGGCAAUCAUGAGGCAAGAGCUACAAAUGGGGUUUAUACAUGCUUUUCUGUAAGAGUUUUGAUAUAUAGUGUCUGUACAGAUUCUUUCCUUUCAUUUUCAUGGUAAUUUGUGCAGUGAACAAGGUAUAAGUUUUUCUUUGAAUAUGUACAUAAUUAAAAAAGAUAACGUGAAAAACUUUUAAGAAUGUUGGAUUACUUUUUUUUUACAAACCUUGCAAAAAUUUUCAGCAUGGAUGUGAAAGCAUUAAAAUUAUAACUUUGUGUAAAAGAUGAAAAUAAUUCACUAAAGACCUUUUUUUACACUGAA